GGGAGCACCACAUGUUGCGCAGCUUCCUCCAUCAUCUCUCUACCACCAGACACGCCCUAGAACGUCUGCAUGCACGUCCAAGCCCAACAUAAUUCUCCGGGUGCAGGAGCAAGGCUGGAGAUAGUGAUAGCCAGAAGGAAAGUGCAGACCCUGACCAGGAACAGAGAUCUUGGACUCUAACCACCACAACCCUUUUCAUCCCGACGGUCUAUGUGGACCUUGGAUGCAUUGUUUUCUUGGUUUUAUUGCUGCUUUUCUGGCGAACCCGGUGCUCGCUGGUGUCCAUGAAGUAUGGUGGAAUGUUACCUAUGUCCAUGGAGCCAAUCCCGACGGGCGUUAUCCUCGUCGUGUGGUUGGAGUGAAUGGAACUUGGCCGCCGCCGCCGAUAGACGUCGAGCCGACUGACUCGCUCAUUUUGCAUGCCACUAACUCUCUGGACCGAGCUACGACUCUUCACCAUCAUGGGAUGCUCUUCAACUCAAUGCCGUGGAUGGAUGGGGCUUAUGGGCUUUCGGAAUGUGGUAUCCCGCCUGGUGGACAAUUCGACUAUGUAGUGCCUAUCAAUGCUUCUGGACAAUCUGGCACAUUUUGGGUACAUGGCCACGCAAAUGGUCAAUAUGUUGACGGUUUACGCGCCCCGGCAGUGAUCCAACCACAUCAACAUGUCUAUGCUUAUGAUGAAGAGUACACCGUCAUUCUGAGCGACUGGUAUCAUAAAGAACACUCUGUUCUUAUGAAACAGUUCCUCACAAGUCGAAAUCCCGAUGGCGUCGAACCUGUACCGGAUUCAGCGUUAAUUUAUUUUGCCCAAAAAUCGUCCUAUAUUCGGGAUGCGUCUGGUUCAGUUGCCUUCAAUAAAGACGCAGCCCUACCAUUCAAACCCGGCAAGACAUAUCGCCUCCGGAUACUCAACACAUCGGCUUUUGCCAUGUUCAUGUUUUGGAUAGACGGGCAUGACAUGCGGUUGAUAGAAGUGGAUGGUAUUGAUAUUGAGGAGUCUCCCAUCGAUAUUAUCAGUGUUAGUUCUGGACAGCGGUAUUCGGUGCUGAUUACUGCUCGAAAUGAUACCGACUCGAAUUGGGCCGUUCAUGCCAACAUGGAUACGGUGAUGUUCGACGAGAUACCCGAUAGACUGAAACCCAACGUCACGGGCUCCAUCAGCUACUCCCCUUUGUCACCUCUAGUCGAUUUGGGGACUAUCGACGCGUACACGAGUAUCAACGAUAUCGUACUCGUCCCUUUGAAGCCAGUCGCCGCUCCAGACGCUGCCAGGAGCAUUGAACUUGAAGUAGGCUUUGAUGCCAUGACUGACGGAACAAAUCGCGGCAUGUUCAACCAGAUAACAUACAACCCACCUCUCGUCCCAGCAUUAUUUAGCGAGCUCAGCCUAGGAUCCAACGCAUCAUCUGAGAGUGCUUAUGGUCCGCUCAGUUUUUUGCUGGAACAUAUGGAGGUCAUAGACCUCAUCAUAAAGAACAGCGACGGUAAUACACAUCCUUUCCAUAUGCAUGGACACGUUCCAAUGAUUGUCGGACGCGCAGAAGACUACACCUCUUCGGAUCCCAUUCUGAACCCACCUAUUGCUCAAGGUCAACUCAACCCCAUGCGCCGUGAUACUGUCGAUGUUCCUGCAGGUGCUUCCAUAACUCUGCGGAUCGUCGCUGAUAAUCCAGGCGCGUGGAUUAUGCACUGCCAUAUUGAGUGGCACCUCGAGGCUGGGCUAGCCAUUCAGCUUAUUGAAGCACCUUUGGUCGCACAGGAACGUGGAAUGGUCAUACCGCAGGUCAUGCAUGAUCACUGUCAGGCGCUGGGCAGGCCGUCAAGAGGCAAUGCUGCUGGGCAUAAUUCCACCACAGACUUGAGUGGGUGGCCCUUGGGCCCGUAUCCGACCAAGGAGGCAAGGAGACGUUUACGUAUAGGUGCUUUAGCUGGUCUUGUAGCUGCAGCUGUUCUCAGUCUCGGGACGUCAGUUUGGCGUAGGCGAGCUUGGAAGAAAAAGGCCCUAGGUGCCUAUGAAGAGUUGCCUACUUUUGAUUCGGAAGAUCGUAGGUUCGAUUCGGAAGAGAAGGUGAGGCGAAGACGCCGUUCUUUGCCUGCGAGUUGAUUUAUGUUUAUUUUGAUUUAAAAGCAGACUCUUUCGCGCCAGACCGAAGGGUGUAAUGACAGAUAGAGGAAUGUAUGUACUUCUAGUGCACUUGUCAAGUCACCGUAGCCAUUAGGCUAGAAUGAGAAGUACAACGGACU